UUUUACGCUUAAAGUGAAAUAAAUUAUAUAACUAUAUACAUACAUUGUGGGCAAGGUCCAUUGAUGAACACAUAGAAAGAAAAACCAGUACCUGCCGGCGACCUUACUACACUACACUUGGACUUUGAACUUUGGUAACACACUUUGACAAAUGUGUCUUCGCUUGAGGCUAUUUCUAAAGCUCAGACCUCCCUGGAGGACUUAAUGAAAAUGAAGUUUGCUGAAUUCGAGGCCACAUUGCAGACGGCUUCUCCAGAAAGUGACACUAUCACCACCCUAAAAGCCGAGCUGAACAAGUUCAAAGAUGCCACCUCUGCAGUGCUGGAUGUGCUCAGGCAGCAGAUAGCAGCGCUAAGCAACACUGUAGACAAUCUGGAGAUGCGGCACCGCCGGAAAUACAUUUUACUAGCUGGUGUUCCAGAAUCAAGCAACGAGAAUGUCGCUGAGGUGGUUGCUGCCAUUUGUCAGGAUAAGCUGCGGCUUGCCGAGGUGUCCUCCUCUUCAUUCACAGCCUGCCAUAGGCUAGGACCCGCAGUUGCGGGUCGUUCCCGUUCUAUUUUGGUUCGCUGUAGUGAUGCGGUGACCAAAGAUAUUCUAUGGAGGAAGAAGACUGCACUGAAGGGCUCCCGGGUAGUCAUGUCAGAGUUCUUGACCCGUCAACGGCAAGCAGUCUUCAUAGAAGCCCGCAGACACUUUGGGAUCCGAAGCGUCUGGACAUUGGAUGGCACUAUCUUCAUCAAAACAUCCAGUGGGAAGACUCAUCGCGUUGUGAUGGCAGAGCAACUUCAUAAGCUUAUCAGGGAGCACCCAUCGCAAACCCCAUCUUCAACCCAAAGGCAACCAGUUGAAGCAUCGAAGGUUGGGCAGGUGGUGACCAGUGCAGAGCCGGCAAAUGCAAAUAAACCGGCGGAAUCGGCGUCACGAUACCCGAAAAGGGUGAAAUAA